UGGGGGGGUACAGCUUUCGCCCUGGAGCGGUGCGCGAUGCUCUCUCACGCCGACCUCCUGGACGCCCGGCUCGGGAUGAAAGACGCCGCCGAGCUGCUGGGCCACCGGGAGGCGGUGAAGUGCCGCUUGGGCGUCGGAGGCUCGGAACCCGGAGGCCACCCGGGCGACCUGGCUGCCAGCGCGGACUCGGUGGAAGGCGCCACGCUGCUGCCCGGCGACGAUAUCUCCGCCGUGGGCUCCACGCCCGGCGCGCUCUCGGUCAGCGCCAAGGACCCGGACAAGCAGCAGGGUCAGCCUGGCGGAGGCGGCGGCGGCGGCGGCCAGAACCCCGGCCAGGCCGGCCAGCAGCAGGGCCAGCAGAAGCAGAAGCGGCACCGAACGCGCUUCACGCCCGCGCAGCUCAACGAGUUGGAGAGGAGCUUCGCCAAGACGCACUACCCGGACAUCUUCAUGCGCGAGGAGCUGGCCCUGCGCAUCGGCCUCACCGAGUCCCGGGUCCAGGUGUGGUUCCAGAACCGGCGGGCCAAGUGGAAGAAGCGCAAGAAGACGACCAACGUGUUCCGCGCCCCCGGCACGCUGCUCCCCACGCCGGGCCUGCCCCAGUUCCCCUCUGCAGCCGCUGCUGCCGCCGCCGCCAUGGGCGACAGCCUCUGCUCUUUCCACGCCAACGACACGCGCUGGGCCGCGGCAGGCAUGCCGGGCGUGUCGCAGCUGCCCCUGCCGCCGGCGCUGGGCCGGCAGCAGGCCAUGGCGCAGUCGCUGUCGCAGUGCAGCCUGGCGGGGGGGCCCCCGCCCAACUCCAUGGGCCUGUCCAACAGCCUGGCGGGCUCCAACGGCGCCGGCCUGCAAUCGCACCUCUACCAGCCCGCCUUCCCCGGGAUGGUCCCCGCCUCCCUGCCCGGCCCCAGCAACGUGACGGGCUCGCCGCAGCUCUGCAGCUCCCCGGACAGCAGCGACGUGUGGCGGGGAACCAGCAUCGCCUCCCUCCGCCGAAAGGCGCUAGAGCACACAGUCUCCAUGAGCUUCACCUAA